UGGAGCGGGAGGUAGUAGAUUUAUGUAGCACAGCUGUUGAGUGCUUGACAGACGUGGGGUGCAGUGUGAAAGAGGACUCCCACUCUCUCUCUCUCCUCGCUGCCGCUGCUGCUGCGCAGAAGAAGUGCUGUCUCUGCCAACACACACACACACACACACACACACACACACACACAGGGACACGCACGGAUACACGUACACACACACACACACACACAUCAGAGGGGAGAGAGUUGCCUGGCUGACUUGCAUUGGAGCACCGCAGCGACAAGGAUGGUGCGUGAGCAGUACGUGCGGACCACAAGGGAGGAGGGCGUCCCCGAGCCGGCGCCCGACUACCUGUACAAGGUGGGCAUCUACGGCUGGCGUAAGCGGUGCCUGUACCUCUUCGUCCUCAUCCUGCUGGCCAUCCUCGUCAUCAACCUCGCCCUCACCAUCUGGAUCGUACGCGUCAUGUGGUUCAAUAUGGAGGGCAUGGGCCUCAUGCAGGUGCAGCCUGAUGGUGUGAGACUAGAGGGCGAAUCAGACUUCCUCUACUCGCUCUACGCUGAAGAGAUACACUCCAGGGAGGACUCUGCACUGCUGCUGGAUUCUACAGACAAAGUUUUUCUUCACGCGCGCAACGAGAAUGGCAACGUAACGGGACGGGUGUCUGUAGGUCCUGAGCAGGUGCAGGGUGAUGUCCAGCAGCUGGUGGUGAGCUCCAGCUCGGGGAAGAUGCUCUUCCAGGCGGACGGCAAGGAGGCCGUAGUGGGCAACAACAAACUGCGCAUCACAGGUCCUGAAGGAGCGAUGUUCCAGCACUCUGUACAGACCCCACUCAUCAGAGGGGAGAUGUCCAAAGACCUCAAGCUGGAUGCCCCCACGCGGUCGCUGAGCAUGGACGCUCCAGCUGGCGUGCAGAUCAAGGCGCUGUCCGGAGCCCUCUCCCUCACCUCCAACAGGGACGUCCAGCUGCACUCCACUGAAGGCCUGGUGGUGCUGGAUGCUGAGAUGGUGCGUAUGCCCAACCUGGAGCUGGGCACGGCGGGCUCGGGCGGGGCGACGGACCUCUACGAGGUGUGUGUGUGCCCCAACAGCGGCAAGCUCUUCCUGUCCCCCGCCAGCGUCACCUCCACCUGUGGCACCAGCCAGCAGUGCUAACACUGGAUACACAUGCACACACACGCACACACACACAUCCAUGCACAGACACACGCAUGGACAUCACACACACACACACACACACA